GGAGCCAGGGAAGCCAUGGCCUGAGCUCGGCCUCGAGGUCCCCGUCGCCGUCUCCUGCAGCUUCUGCCCCGCCACCGUCUCCUUCGCCCUCGCAGCCGCCGCCGAUCCCCUCCCUCAAAUGCCGCUGCUGCCCGUCGGCGCCGCCCCCGCCACCUCCCGUCGCGGGCAGGCGGGAGGAGCCCUGCCCGGCCUCCUCCUCCCCCUCACCUUCUCUCCCUCUCCGGCGGCAAGGGGAGGCAGCGCCCAGAUCCGCAGCCGCACCGGCGGGCCGCCGUCCCUCGAGAUCGUCCAUGGAGGUCCGACCCGGCUACAGCCAUGGACUGAGACGCCCGAAUCCCUAGCUACCCGUGGAGGUCCGACGCCUCAACCUCCAAGGAAAGGACGCGCGCCGGCUGCAGGCCAUCUCCGGCGACCUCCGACCAUGGUUGCUCGGAUCUGGACCAGCUGCUGCUCCUACUGCUUCCGGUGA